GGGAAUAUUCCAGAUGUGACGCGCCGCGGCCCAACGCCGGACCGACAGCGCCAACUCCUCGGGCCGGCCCGACAGCGGCGACGGCGACGGUCGGACCGGCCGGCCGUUCGCGAAUUUUAUUAGUGUCAAGGCUACGCGGACGUGAUUCACCGCGCCCCGGAGACGGCUCCCGGUCCCCCGCUUAUUAGACGGCGAUGGCCGAAAGCAGUAUGGAGACCUUAACACUGGACCAAUUUAACAAGUGCAUCUCAGAUAUUGUACAAAUAUCUGACUUGAUUUGGGAUGGAUGGAUUUUGAAAAGCAAAGAGGACACAGAUAAUGGUAAAUACUUAAUGAAGAAGUCUUCGAUUACAAUCCCAUCAACAGAUUCUUCAAGUGUCACAGUCACUUAUGAGUACCACAUUGCUUUUAGUUUGAGCUACUCAGUACCAAUAUUGUGUUUUAAUGUUUGGAGAUCAGAUGGUACUCUUCUUUCCAUGGAGGAUUACUGGAACCUAAAUUCAAACUUUAAAAAUGAGAACAUGUACAACUCUCUAACACAACUGGAUCAUCCAGUUUUAUGUAGGCCAUUUUUAACACUUCAUCCUUGUAAGACACAAGAAAUUAUAGGACCUUUUUUAAACACAAGUAAAAAUCCGGUUAUAUCGUGGCUUUCAGUGGUCGGAGGUUUCGUACAUUUGAAGCUACUCGAAGAAUAUUUUAAACAUUGUUAAAACAUAUUUUAUAAAUAUGUUUUACUUUUGCUAGCCUCUUGUGUUAAUUAAUUUCUUAUUUAAUUUGUAGAAGACCUGUCACUACUUGCCUUUCAAUGGUCGUAGGUUUUGUAGGUUUGAAGCUAAUCGAAGAAUAUUUUAACCAAUGUUAAAACAUUUUUUACAAAUAAAGGGAGUUACUUUUGUUA